AUUUAUUUGAUUUUCGGGAGCAGGGGCAGAGUGUGAUGGCGUCAGGAUCAUGUAAGAGCUGAUCUGGCUCGCGGGGACAGCAGAUGCGUUACAGUCUCUAGAUAAUAUACACCUACAGCAGAGGAGCACAAUAGGAAAGAGCGAACAAAAGGCACGUUUAUCCGUUUAUGCCGUUUUCUCUUCUGCAGGGUUCAGCCGAGCGUUUGGGAAUAUCGGCCCUCUGAAUCACGGACGAGGAUUUGCAGACGCACAAACGGUCCGAAGAGCCUGUGAUAUUGAUAUUUGAGAAACACGGCGCGAGGCGAGAGAAGCUGGAUCAUCGCGUCUCGAUGGGCUGCGGUGGAUGUGAUGAUAAUGAUGGCAGUUUAAGCGAGUCACUCGUGUAAACCUGUGAAAGGAGCCUGAUAAGAGCAGGAAAGUCGAGCGGAGAAACAAGGAAGCGAUCUCUCUCUCUCUCUCUCUCUCUCUCUCUCAUUGUGUCCAUCUAUCGCAAGAAAACAUCAAUCUAAUGCUCGAUCUAGGAGUAUGCGACUCCACGCGAGCAGUGAUCGGGCAGAUUUCAUCGAGGGCUGGCGUGUCCCUUCAGAAUGAUCCAGAGGAGCAGUAGAGAUGUUUAGCAUGACUCUGGCUGAGAAACCGCUCUCUCACGUUCAUCGGAGAGCAGGACAUUGACCAUCCGUGAUCGAGAGUUCAUCAAAAGCAGUGCUUCAUUGAAUGCAGAGGGGAUGUCUGGCAGUAAGGCGCUGGGGGGCGCGCGGCGGCGGCGGACACGGUGCCGGCGCUGUCAGGCGUGUAUGCGGACCGAGUGCGGCGAGUGCCACUUCUGCAAGGACAUGAAGAAGUUCGGCGGACCGGGACGGAUGAAGCAGUCGUGUCUGCUCCGGCAGUGCACUGCGCCGGUGCUGCCGCACACAGCUGUGUGUUUCGCCUGCGGGGAAGCGGGGAAGGAGGACACGGUGGAGUCGGAGGAGGAGAAGUUUAGCCUCUCGCUCAUGGAGUGCACCAUCUGCAACGAGAUCAUCCACCCCAGCUGCCUUAAGAUGGGCAAGUCUGAAGGCAUUAUCAAUGAUGAGAUCCCAAACUGCUGGGAAUGUCCAAAGUGCCACAAGGAGGGAAAGACCAGCAAGGAUCAAGGAGAUGGUUCAGGAAAGCGGCGCAUGGAUAAUGGGGAGGUGAGCCGCUGGAAGCUGACGGACGAGCCGCCGCCGAGUAAGAAGAAGAGCCUGUCUCUGGAGGACACGGCCCGGCCGGACGGAGCCAAGCGCAAGAAGGACAAGGAGCUUCCUCAGGAGAGCGCUUCCAAGAAGAAGAUCAAAGGAGCCCGUGAUAAACACCUAAAGAAGCAGAAAGCUAAACCCAACUCGUCGGACUCCUCCGAAGCGAACGGGCCGAACUCCUCGUCGGGCGGCGGACACGGCUCCGGCACAGCGCAGACCUCGACGCCGAGCCAGGACCAGCGCUCGCAUCACCGCGAGAAACUGGAGCGCUUCAAGCGCAUGUGCCAGCUCCUGGAGCGAGUGCGCGACUCCAGCUCCUCGUCCUCCUCCAGCUCUGAAACCGACUCGGAGUCAGACUCAGACUCUCCGUCCCCCGCGGGCGCCUCGGAGCCGUCCUCCCCGGCGUACGGCAGCGGCGCGCGCGAGCGAGAGCGGAGCCGCCGUCUGGCCGAGCUGGGCUUCAGCGCCAGCGAGGAGUCCGAGGGCGAGAGCGUGGCGGCGCAGGAGCAGGAGCAGGAGGACGAGCCGCAGACGCAGCGCCGCAGGGGAGACGCCAGCACCCGACUGCGGAAGACGCUCGCCGAGGCUGAGCCGGACGAUGACGAGGACGGCUCGGGUGACCGCGCUCACAAAGCCCUGGCCCCAUCCUCGCCGCUCUCGGCCACGCAGCCGCCGAGCUACGGACACUUAGCGGGCCCCGAGGGCCUGUCCUCGUCCAAGCGCACUAACGGACAGGACGCGCGCAACGGCCGCACGCGAGUGAGCGGCAGAGAGCUGCAGGAGAAGGAGAACUCCAACAGCAGUGCCGUCUCCAAUCACCGGCACGCCGGUGGGAAGGCCGUCCGCGGAAGCAGGAUCCGUGGAGGAGGCCGACAGGGCCAGAGCGCUCCCUGGAGCAAGAGCUCAGCGACGGCCGGAUCCGCCGCGGCUAACGGCAGCUCUCAUCCAGGGAGCGUCUCGCUGGCGCCGCCGCGCUCGCAGCUGCUGAAGAGGAGCGCCGUGGCCGUGCCCUCGCCGCCGCGACCGCUGCAGAUGGAGCGGCACCUGGUGCGCCCGCCGCCGGCCUGCCCCGAGCCCCACUGCCUGCCACUGGACAGCGGAGCCUCGCACGUCCUGCCCCGGGACGUCUGGCUCCGCGUCUUCCAGCACCUCAGCCAGCGGCAGCUGUGCGUCUGUAUGCGAGUGUGCCGCACCUGGAGCCGCUGGUGCUGUGAUAAGAGGUUAUGGACUCAGAUCGAUCUGAGCCGCCAGCGCUCCAUCACUCCUCCCAUGCUGAGCAGUAUAAUCCGUCGCCAGCCCGUGUGUCUCAACCUGGGCUACACCAACAUCUCCAAGAAACAGCUCAUGUGGCUCAUUAACCGUCUGCAAGGGCUGCUGGAGCUGAACGUGGCGGGCUGCUCGUGGUCCUCGGUCUCGGCGCUCUGUCAGUCUGUGUGUCCCUGUCUGCGGCUGCUGGACCUCAGCUGGGUGGAGGAUCUGAAGGACUCGCAUCUGAGGGAGCUGCUGGCCCCGCCGAGCAACGACACGCGCUCAGCUCACGGAGAGAACCGCGGCGGACGCUUCCAGAACGUGACAGAGCUGCGUCUGGCGGGCCUGGAGGUGACCGACGCCGUGUCGCGCCUGCUCGUGCGCUAUCUUCCUCACCUGACCAAGCUGGACCUCAGUCAGUGCUGCCACAUCACAGACCAGACCGUCCACACGCUGACCUCUCCCAUCUCCCCGCUGCGAGAGAGCCUCACGCACGUCAGCCUGGCAGGCUGCGUGAAGGUGACGGAGCAGUGUUUGCCGCUGCUGCGCCGCUGCGCCUCGCUGCAGAGCUUGGACCUGCGAUCCUGCGGCCUGCUGGCUCCAGACGUCUGCCAGCUGCACUGCUUCCCCUCGGCCGAAGACAGACUGCUGCUCAAGAACAGCUAGACCUGCCCUGACACAGGACGCUUGGACAUCAGACACUUUGCUGUUUUUGUUUUGUUCUUUAUUUCUGGAUCAACCAUUUGUGAAUGGAGAAAUCGAGUCCACAUAGAUAUUCCGUACCAGUAAUGAGUGUGUGUACAGAUUAGUAGUUUGCUGUAAUGACCCCUCCUGACCCCGGCGCCGCUCCUGUCCUGCGGGGAACACUGGUUCUGUCCCGAUGCAGAAUGUAUCCUACUGUGGAGAGCUAUCUCAAACACAGCCAUAUUAGUGUGCUUGGGUGGAUCUCACCCCAAAAUCAAAACACAUUUGAUCUGUUUGCUUUUUUGCAUUCAUUAAAAAAAAGCCCACUUUGGGACCAUUAAGAGUUUUUUCCAUUACGACAUGAUUUCAUUACUGGUAGGCACAUAUAUCCCCCAAGUUCUUAUGACUGUAAAAAUAAUAAUCUCACUCGUCUGCUUCAACAGCAUUUUAGAUUAGAUGCGAGUCUUCUCUGUUGUCAAAGGUGAUGAGGUUCAGAUACACAAAUGAGAAUCAGAUGCUUAAAAAUCUUUAUGGUCCUAAAAUGAGGCUUGAGUUUGAUUUUUGGGGUUUUAGGUGUUUGUUGAGAUUCACUCAUUGAUGGAUCAGUUUUGGGAAGUGUGUGUGAACAGUGUUAGCGUCCAGACGCUGGAUGGGUGGUGGGCUCUGAUGGUGUGCUUGCUGUUCCCUUCUCUUCACUGUAGUGGUGCCACACUCGCUCUCGGCCUUGCUGUGCCAUAUGCUGACCGUCCUCUGUCCUUCCCCUCUUCAUUCCUGAUCGAUGGAGGACACGGAUCCCGAAGCCUGACAGACGAGCUAGGCUCGAGCUGCUGUGUCGUCACGCUGUGCUCCGCUGCAUCUUAUAUAAUGUCACAGGGUGAAUGUUGCUGUAGAUUCCUGCAGAUCUGGAAAGGUUUUCACAGAACGAGGCGUUAGUUUGUUGAUUGGCUGAUUGGAUUGUUGUCAUUAAAGCUGCUCACCUUCAAAGCCAGAAUGGUCCAAACUCAAAUAUGCCUCCCAUUAGCAAUGGAGAAAGGGUGAAGAAAAAUGCUUUGUGGCCAAUUAGUUUGAAAACGUAUUAGAGAAUGAAACGGUUGGUGUUCCCAGCCACAUUCAGUGUUAUCACUCGCAAAAGACUAACCACACAUAUUCUGCAAACGCAUUCUUCUGGUGUUUUAAUGGUUCUCUGAAAGAGCUGCUCUGAGCGGGAAGGCUUUAACAGAUUUAAUUGUUCUGAUUUGAAACCAGUUCCAUCUUCUCUGUUGAACUAUUAAACAGGCUUCUACUAAGGAGCCUCAAACAGCUUUUCUUCAAUCUUUCGGUGAGCUCUGCAGCUACUUCCUUCCAGAAUACGAUGCAUGUCGACACCUUUCACUGACUGUAUUCCUUGCACACUUUUAUUCAGUAUUGGGUCCAAUACAUGGCAGUUUAAAGUGUUUGGUGGCAGUAGACAAACAGCAUCCCUUAAAAGUGACCUCGACAAUGUAGUUGCAAUGUGUUUUUUUUUUUUUUUUUUUUGAUGUUGUUGUUGUUUUUAGAUUUAAUGUUCAGUGCGGUUUGCAUUUAAAAGACAUUCUUGCACAUUGGGAAAUACCUGUGUGCGGUUUAUAGUUACAUAUCAAACACUGAGUUGUUGAUCAUUUCUGGAAUCGGCACGAAGAAUUCAAGUUGAAGAACUUGAAUAGGUUUUAAAUACGGUUCCUCUUUCAUCUGACCAUGUUUUUUUGCAGAUUCAUAGCCCACUAAACUGAAUUGCCAUGUAUGAACCAAACAUUCACCCUGUUGAAUGCACGGGGCUGAAAUCAUGUUAUUAUAAUAUCUUGCCAAAAUUUCCAGUUUUGGGCGUUCAUAUAUAAAUAUAUAUAUUUCUUCCUUUGCAUUGAUCCAUGUGAUAGAAUAUGUGAAACAAUGGGGAAAAAGAAAAACAAGGCAGCUAUAAGAGUGACUACUGUAAAAUGUCUAAUUAAAUAAAGACAAUGGGGGUUGUUUUUAUUUGCUUUGCUUUUCUUUCCUCAAUGUGCUGCAUACACUACUGAAAUACUUGAGAGUCCUGCCAAAUGGAAAAAAAAAAAAAAAAAAAAAAUUUCAGGGCUCAACAGUGUGAGGAUUUUGCGUGCAUUUUUGAGGGAAAACUACUGUUGCAGAUGCAGUGAGUAAAUUGGGCACACCGUGUGAACUUAAUAUAUACCAUCUGAAUAAAAACUCCCUAAUGCUAAUCAUGAUUGUAGAGUUUGAAUAUGUACAAGUAAGACAUACUAGUAAAGGUGUCAAGACUUAUGGAAAAACACUAUUGCCAAGGAUGUGUUCAGAAAUGAGUGACUACCUAUUUGACAUUUCAUAUACUUAUAUUGUUUCAUAAACAGCUAAUUAUAAAUAACCUACUAUAACUUAACUCUUUAAAAAAAAACAUUCAGAAGUUUUACUUUUUUACAAAAAAAAAAAAAUUGGUCUCAUUUGGAAAGUGUGGUUCAAUAUACAACCAUUACAGGGGUUGUGUCUUUGCUGAACCUAACAGCUACAAGUGCACUGUUGAUAGUUUUAACAAAUAUCUGGCCUGAUUCUUAUAUCCUUGCUCUAUGACAAAACCAGAAUCCUACUGAACAAAAGAACAGUGAUCUGGGCUGCGUUUCCUAAAAUCAUCGUAAGCCUAAGUUGAUCGUAGAAUCAUUGUCGCCAAUGGAGCUACGAUCAACUUAGCUUUAUGAUGCUUUUGGGAAACGCAGCCCUGGAGCAGUAUUUUCCUAACAGAUUCCUGGAGUACCACAGUGCUACAUGUUUUGCAUGUCUGCUUAAUCAAACACACCUUCACAACCUCACCUCCUGGGUUAUCCAUAAUGAGGUUAUUCCGAUGGACAAGGGGACGGUUGCUGCAGUCCGCAAGAGGCCCACUCCCACAACUGUAAAAUACCUACAACGUUUUCUUGGUUUUUCCUAUUUCUAUCCAUGCUUCAUCCAUAACUUGAGUUCCAUUACUCAUUCACUCACCAGUCUCCUCAAAGUCAGGCCCAAGUCUCUGUCCUGGACUCUGCUACCCAAGCCAUGCAAUGACUCAAAGAAACAUUUCCCAGCGCGCCGCUCCUAAUUCAUCCAGACUCCAAGAAACCCUUUGUUGGUUGAAGUCGAUGCCUCUAUAACAGGAGUUGGAGCGAUCCCGUCUCAGCAGCAGUGGACAUCACCAAAUGUGCCUCCUUCUCUAAAAAGCUCACCCCAGUGGAGAAAAAUGACAACAUCAGGAACGGAGAGCUUCUUGCCAUUAACCUAGCCCUGGAGGAAUGGAGGCAUUGGCUGGAGGGAGCCCAACAUUCAUUUACCGUACUCAAAGUCCAUAAGAGCCUUGAGUAUCCUCAUGAAGCCAAGAGACUGAAUCCACGGUAAGCCAGGUGGGCUUUAUUCUUCACAUGAUUCAACAUCUCAAUUUCCUACCUUCCUUGAUCUAAAAAUGUUAAAGUGCUCUUUCCUGUCUCCAUGCCUCCUGAGAAGCCUGAACCAGUCAUCCCAGCCAGUCUCAUCGUAAGUCCUAUUCAGUCGUCCCUUGAUGAGCAAAUCUCUGAAGCCAAUGCCUCUCUGUCGGAGUGUCCCUUGGGUCAUACCCCAGUGCAUCCCUCUGAUCAGAUCUGUUCACACCUGUGUGGGCACUGGCCACCCAAGGGCCAGUCAAACCCUCUCACUGCUGUAGGAUCACUUCUGGUGGCCAGGAAUGGCACAGGAUGGGAGAAGGUUUGUUCAAGCAUGUUCUGAAUGUGCUGUUUUAUCUUCCUCAGCGGCCCUGUUCACACCUUGGAGAGGACUUCAACCAGGCUGCCUCACUCAGAUGGUUAUACCUGAAUCCUUGUAGAUAGAUAUUACAAAGUCUGUCAUCUAAUUCCCCUCAAGGGACCCCCAUCUGCCAUGGAAACUGCUGGGCUGAUGUUUAAUUGCGUUUUCUGCAAUUUUGGCCUCCCAGAGGACAUAAUUUCCGAUCACCUCCUGAGUCUGGAAAGCAUUCUUCACACUCAUGCCCUUUUAGUGCAUACUCCGCUUCCAGCCUCCGGAGAGCGAGAGGGUCUGGGAAGCGGCUCAUCAUAAUCUUCAAGGGUCAGUGCGCUGCCAGAAGGGUCAUGCUGAUGCCCGGUGAACCGGAACGCAAAAAUAUCAACCUGGACAAAAGGUGUGGCUCUCCACCAGGGACAUCAAGCUGCACUUGCCCUGCAAGAAGAUAAGUCCCAGAUACAUAGGCCUCUUUUCACUGUCCGUCACUUCAACCACUUCAACCCCUCCACCUUAAGUUACCCACACAUUACUACCUGACCACCCUCCUGUGUCUGACUCUUCCACAGAGUCUGGUCCCAUGGAGGACCCCCACCACUCAUCCUGGAAGAGCUUGGAUUCCUUACGCCGUGGUAUCUGGUAAACUGGGAAUGAUAUGGACCAGAGGAAUGAUCAUGGGUCCUGCUCUUCUUAUCUUAUUCCAUGAAUCUUCUGAUUGUCAGGAGCAGGCUGUAGAGGGGGUACUGUCACUGAUUAACCAGGCUUCACCUUCACUUCACAACAAUCACGAUCACCUGAAAUCUGAAACACCCGCAUCUGCUCUGCAUUAUCACACCUCUCCUUUCCUGGAGUAAAGGAUCUUUACAGCCUUUGUUGUAAUGCCUGUUGUUUAUGCACAUUUAAUAUAAUUAUUAAUAUAAAUUUUAACGCAUAUUGGGUUAGGAUUGUGGUCUUUACAUCAAAUGGGUCUGGUACAGAAUUAAAUUAGUGCUGCUGUCGGAUAACAAGUAGGUGUGGGUUUCUGCACCAUACACUUUAAAACAGGGGUCUCCAACACGUCGCUCACGAGCUACCAGUAGCUCACAGCCUGAUUGGAAGUAGCUCUCCAAGACAUAUUGACACAUCAGCCGUGAGGUUAUUUUAAUGAUCCCGUUACGUAUUUUAAUUAUCAUUAAACCCGUAUUUGAUUAUCGUGAUUUGAAAAACUCACAGUAAAUACAAUUCAGCUUUAAUCAAAGUAAUUAAGAGUCUCACGCAGGCGCAGCACGUAGUUUCAUUUUGUGUGAAAACAUGACUGAAGGCAGACUGUUGAGGGAAAUUAUAUGAAAGAAUAUAUGAUUUCAUUAUUUGUGUGAAUGUAUAAGAAACCGACUGUCUUCAGAAAAGUUUCAUGAUAUUUUGCAUAUUGCAUAUUUGAUAUCGCAUAAUUUCCAGUGAUCUUGUUGACUUGAUUGCACAGAUACUAUUUAAACUGAACUGAGCUGGAUGAUGACAUAAUUGAAUUCAAUAAUGAAAUGCCUUUAACUGAAAAUUGAGUGUUUAAUCUUGUCAUUUUACAUUAUUGACACACUAUUUUCCUAUUUUGAUACUGGAAAGUUGCUUUGACACAAUCUGUAUUGUUAAAAGCGCUAUAUAAAUAAAGGUGACUUGACUUGA